AUGGUGUAUCGAGAAUCCAAGACAGGGGAGCCCAAUAUAUAUUCCGUUUGGUGUCGAAGGGAAGCUGGUAGAACCACCCCAUUGUCGGCCAUUUCCAAUAAUAACAAUAUGGGACGCAAUAGCCCUCCUUUGGACAAUCUACAUAAUGAGAAUGGAGUCUUACAAGGAAAUGGAGCUUCAAGACCAGAAAAAAUAUCUUUCCAGAAUGCUAAUUGUCUUGGUAGACAAAAUUGCGAUGAUGGAACCUAA